AUGGUUGGCGUCAUUAGGAGGUUAAACAGACUCAAGGCCCUCGUUAAGUUGAGAGUUGGCCCUGGGGCAGCUCUUCUUCCAGAAGAUGUUACCCGGAUACACAUGGAGUUCGCCAUGAAGCACAACGAUGGGCAUAUGGGGCCGAGGAAGUUCUGGCGUGAGGCACUCCCUCGGUUAAAGUACUGGAACCCACAAAUUCCCAUGAUCGUCAACCGGCACCGAGAUCAGUCGGCCCCCGCCACGUUGAGUAUCUACUUCCGCAAGCCCGGCGCGACCAUCACAAAGGAGACACCGACUCCUCCGUCAGCGACAGACGGCUCGUCUAAAGCUCCUCCACCGUCUGAAGGCGAGAGUGUCGUGACAAUCGAUAUGAAGAACCGGCACUCGGACGUCAUCCUUCAGGAGUUCCUCGAGAAGACGAAGGCCCAGCUGCUGAAGCCGACGCCACAGGACGAGCAAGAGCUGCUUGACGCCAAGCAGCGCGAGGAGCAGGGCGCUAUCGACCGCGAGCGCAACCGGAAGCGUCUUGAGGAGGAGAAGAGGGAGAAGGCGCUUAUGGCCGCAGCGCAAGCUGAAGCUGCCGCUAUCCGGGCAGCAGCGCAGCUAUAA